AUGCUAAGACAAGAAUUAUUACCUUUCUUUGAUAUUGAAAAUGUUAGAAAAAUGCUAUUGCUUAGCAAGCUUUCCAAUUAGAUUAUAAUUGAUCAUUUUUUGGGAGAUUUUUCAAGAUUAAAAGUCUUAAUUGCUUCUCAUUGGAACAUACCUCUGCAAGAGUUACACAAUUUUCAAACUCUAGAUCAAAUUCACCAAUCAAACAGACUAUUCAAUGUUAAGGAUUCUCCAUUUACUUAUUUAAGAUUCAACCAAGAAAAGAAAAAAUUUGAUUACUUAGCUUAUCCUGGGGGUAAUUGGGAGCACAAAUAAAUAUCCUUUAAUUACAAAUUUAAGAACUUCCCUGGCAGUUAAUUCGGAAAGCCCUCAGUGAAUCUACAUUAUGACUCUGAUAUUUAUGCAUGGGUGAUGGCUUCUAACAUUAAAACUGCUCGCUAUCAUGUUUACCUUCUUCAUGGAAGAAAGGGUAAAUCAAACUGCAGAGAGCUUAACUAUAUCAAUGUGAAUGCUAUCGUAUAGUAGUCUGAUGAUACAGGAAAAAUUGAAGAAUAAAAAUACAAUUUAAUUCACGAGGUUUUCAUUAAAAAUGAAAAUUUUGAUUCAAUGAUGCUUGAAUAAAUUAUCAAGGAAAAAAUUGGUGAAAUAGAUUUGACCUAGUAUAAUACCUCUUCAUGUAAUGUUAAAAUAGAUUUUGAAAAUUUUGGCGUCCCUUCUCAUAAGUUCGCUUGGAUUCUUGAUGGGAUGAUUUUGGAACCAAUUUAAUGA